CAAUUUCGGCUUCCGUCUACGGUUUGGCUAACCAAACUCACUACAUAAUCCGUUUUAAAUGAGUACAGACUACGCCGAAGCCCCGAAUUGUCCGUCCGCUUAUUACUUUACUGGAGGAAAACAUAAUACAUUAAAUCUUAGUUUCCGGAUGAACUCGUCUCGUUGCACGUACAAGCUACUCCUCUUAGCUUAGCUUUCUAGACAAUAACACAGAGACGCGUUUGUUUGUUUGAUCAACACCUCGCUAAACCGAGAUUCAGUGUGCGUGUAAAGUGUGAUUAUCGUGUGGAAAUGUGUGCAAAACGUGUGAAAGAAGAGUAUGAGGAUGAACUUUCCCUAACGAAAAAGGAGGACGGGCGACAGCGUCAACGACUGGACGCUGUUUUCAAGAAUCAUCAAGUUGUAUCCCUGAGAGCAGAUGUCAGUGAAGAAUCUAUUCAUCCUGAACAGCAGGAGUGGCGCUCCAAGGGCGAGCGGCAUCAGCCAAAGCCUACUCACGUCAAAGAGGCAGAGCCCCUUGUCGUUGAAGAAGAAAAGAGGCCGGAGACCCCCAACAUUAAAAAGGAAGAGGCUGAGAUUCCAGUGACUGUCAUUGUGAAGAGUGAAGAUGAUGAAGAAGGUAAUGGAGACCACUUUGGAGGAUCCCAAGGAGACGGCCUCUUAGCUCCACUCUCAGAGAGUGACGACAUAACGGCACACUCUUCUAACACGGAUAAUGACAAACGCUCCAAAGGUGAUAGGACAUGUCACACUGGCAAAAAACACAUGAGAAUGCUCAUUGCGGAGAAACCUUUUGACUGUUCAGUUUGUGGCAUAAGAUUCCUUCAUAAGACACAUUUGAGCAAACACGCAAUAACGCACAUUAGAGAGAAACCUUUUUCCUGCUCAGUUUGUGGUAAAGGAUUCACCCGUAAGGCACAUUUGAAAGGCCACAUAAGAACACACACUGGGGAGAAACCUUUUGCCUGUUCAGUCUGCAAUUUAAGUUUCAGUGAACGUUCAGGAUUGGUUCAACACACGAGAACCCAUACUGGGGAGAAACCCUACUCAUGCUCAGUUUGUGACAAAAGAUUCACUCAAAUAGCUGCUUUGAUAUCACACAGAAGAACGCACACUGGGGAGAAACAGUUUUCAUGCUCCAUUUGUGGUAAAAGAUUCUCUCAAAGAUGCAAUUUGACAACACACAUGAGAACACACACAGGGGAAAAACAGUUUUCAUGCUCUGUUUGUGGCAAAAGAUUCUCUCAAAGAUGCAAUUUGACAACACAUGCAAGAACACACACUGGUGAGAAACCAUUCAGUUGCAGUGUAUGUGAUAAAAUAUUCUCUCAGAAGUAUCAGGUUAAGAAACACAAGUGUGCUGGUGAGCAAAUGAAGCUUUAAAUAGCUUUAACAAAGAAAGUUUGAAUCUCUGGUAAACUAAA